CCAGCCUUCCCACGAGGACACUCCGAGUCCCUCCCGGUCCGCGCUCCGGUGCGUCAAAACGUCGAGCAUCUUGCGCGCCACCGCCACCGCCACCAGCCCAGCGACCCGCACCUGCCGGCGCGCAAUGCUCGCCACCACCGGUGUCUCCCUUGCCGUCGUCAACGCCGUCUGGACGGAGAUCAAGUCCGCGGGCCGCGCCUCGGACGAACACCUAUCCAUACGCUGUUCGGCAAGAACAUGCUGCGCGCCUGCAAGAUCGUCGAGGAGCGCGGCGUCCGACGCAUCACCGGCGCGCCCAGCGGACGCUAGCUCUUCCUGGUCGGCUGUUCACCCGUCUUUUGCUCCCGCACACGCCCGAACCGGCGGGCAGACACUUGACCGUGGCGUGUGUGUGUUGCGGGCGAUGGGGGAGUCGAAGAGAAAGGACGAGUACCUCUGCUUCCCGGAGCACCUCUGCACCUGCUACUCCUUCUACGACAUCGUCGGGCGCGGCCAGCAGCUCUUCCUUGUUCUUAUGCUUUCACCAGAGGAUUCUAAUGCGAUGCACUCCUUCCAACAGAAAAGGAAUGGUUUCUUUUGAAGUAAGAAAGGGAAUGGUUUCUUGUUCUUUCCAUGUGUACUUUCAUAGAUAUGUCAAUGCAUUAUCAUCCUUUUUCAGAUUAUUUCACACUACUUUGCACGGAUUCAUUUGUAUGCUGAGAAUCUGUGGCUGUUAGCUUUUCUUAAAUGAGUAUGAUGCCUGCACUUUGAUGAAACAAUUUAGACCAUAUCACUUUAAUAUAAUCGAUGCCUUUACAAGCCAUCACUUCAUUAGAUACUUGCAAGACUAGGGUGUCCAGAUGAUAUAUGAUCUACUCCACUAGUGUUUUAUAAUAGCUUGAUAGGCUCGAAGUCUCAAAUAAUCAUGGUGGCUAAGACUUUUCCGAUGUAUAAAUGUUUGUUAUUGGUAAAGAGGAGCAAUGUCAUGCAUCUUGCUUAUCUUGUGAAAUAAUAUUUACCGCUGAAAUGAACAUAUAAAUGUGAACUGGAAUCAUUAUCGCAAUGUCAAUCAGCACAAAGAUUCAGAAUGAUAGAUAAGAAACAUACCUUAGCUUCCUUUUUUUUAAGAUCUAAAUUAAUGAAGAUUGAAUGCAUCUAUAUAUUCAUAGACCAUCUUAAUUAUCAUGGGAAAAUCUGCAAUCCCUCUUUUCUGCUUUGCCCUCCAUAAUUUAUUUUCGUUAUUGACUCGACAUAAGUGAAUGUGCUCCAGAAGCUCUCACUGUAAGUCAUCCUGCUGCCUUUUUUUAUUAUUUCUUGUGGUUUCUGAAAAGAACCCUGUUAUGUCGGGCCAAGGCAGCCAAUAAUUGUAUAAUGUACAUCAGUCCGAUACUCAGAUAUAUAACACUGAUUUUACAUUGGUCCAGCAUGCAACCACCAAUCGCAUGAGACUUGGACUUAACCGAAUCAGUCAGAUUUUUAACCCGUUUUAUGGUGUGCGGUGUAAGAUUGACUGUGUUUACACUAACUUGAUCCAAUGUUCAUAUCAAAAGUUGCAUGAAUAGCUAGAAAAUGGAGUGGGGUGACUUAUUUGGGUGCUUGGGAGAGGAGGGGGAGAGGGUGGGUGAUUAUGGACAACAUAUUCACUUAUUGAGGUAUCAAUUUUGUCCCAAGUUGCCACUCCCUUCAAGAUAGCAGAGCUUGCAUUUCUUUAUCAUUUCAGUUAUUUCUUAAUUCUGAGCUUGGAUAUAACUGUUGAAGAUGGGCUCCAAUUCAAAUUUGUUCAUUCUUACCAUGCAUUAGAGACGAGCAAUUCUUACUAUGCAUUUUACACUUAAUCACCCAACAAAAAUGAUGAAAAAGAUUACAUUUCCCAGAAAUUGCUUAUAUAUAAUUGUCUGCCUGUGAAUUACAAAUUUACAAGCGCAGGGUCAAGUCAAGAUUUUUCUCUGUUUGCUUCUUCGACUCCUGAGAACUUGCUUUGAAGCUCCCUGGCCACACUAACCCUCUAGCUUCUUCAAUUGCAAAAGGCAUCCAGCCACUCAUUUG